UCUACUCUCCUUUCUAUUCUACUUUUUUCUCUUCUCUCUCAAAUCUCUCUCUAAUUACCCCACUAAUUAAAAUUACAACAUUUAACUAAAAAAGAAUCCCCAACUUCAAGAAAUCAAAAUUUUUAAAUUAGUUUUUGAUUCGAUUUCGAUUCAUCGAUCUAAUCCCUUUGUCAUACCCCUAUAUAUUUGGUCUGUUUCUUUUAGAUCUUCGUCUCGUGUUGAAAUUCAGUAGCUGCUGACCCUGCAAUUCCGUAGAUUUUUAAAGCCUUAAUCUGUAUUGCUGUGUUUGAUUUGUUGGUGUUGCAGUGCGAGUUGGAGGAAAUUGUUAGAAGUAUAAUGAUACUAUUGCAUCCAAUUUUGGAUGUGGAGGUUUUGUUGAGGCUGUCCUUGGUGAGAUGAGGGAUGUUAUCAAGGUUGAUAAACUUUUUGAGGGCCUGCUGGCUGCCGUCUUCAGAACGUCAUGUCCACACAGGCUCCGAUGCAGCAGGCCGGCAAGAAGGGCUUCUUUGGUAUAAAGACACUGGGCAACACGUGAAUGGUGAAUUCUCUAUGGCUGUUGUGCAAGCUAAUAAUUUACUUGAGGACCAAAGCCAAGUGGAGUCUGGCUCGUUAAGCACUCUCGAGUCUGGCCCUUAUGGUACCUUCAUUGGAAUAUAUGAUGGCCAUGGAGGUCCAGAGACUUCGCGCUACAUUAAUGAUCACCUUUUUCAGCAUCUAAAGAGGUUUACCUCAGAGCAUCAAUCCAUGUCGGUUGAUGUGAUUAAGAAAGCAUUUCAAGCAACUGAAGAGGGAUUUCUUUCUCUUGUUACUAAACAGUGGCCCAUGAAGCCUCAAAUUGCAGCAGUAGGAUCAUGUUGUCUGGCGAGUAUCAUCUGUGGGGGUAUCCUUUACAUUGCUAACCUUGGUGAUUCACGUGCCGUCCUUGGUAGGCUUGUCAAAGCAACUGGGGAGGUUCUUGCCAUUCAGUUGUCGGCUGAGCACAAUGUUAGCAUAGAGUCAGUCAGGCAGGAGAUGCAUUCUAUGCACCCAGAUGAUCCACAAAUUGUUGUUUUGAAACAUAAUGUAUGGCGUGUGAAGGGUCUUAUACAGAUUUCUAGAUCCAUCGGUGAUGUAUAUUUAAAGAAGGCUGAAUUUAACAGACCACCCUUGUAUACAAAGUUCCGCCUUCGCGAACCGUUUAAGAAGCCAAUUUUAAGCUCUGAACCAUCUAUAUCUACGCAUGAAUUGCAGCCUCAUGAUGAAUUUCUCAUAUUCGCAUCUGACGGGCUGUGGGAACACCUUAGCAAUCAAGAAUCCGUUGAUAUAGUUCAGAAUCACCCACGAAGUGGAAUUGCUAGGAGGCUAGUCAAAGCAGCUUUGCAGGAAGCUGCUAAAAAGAGGGAGAUGAGAUAUUCAGAUUUGAAAAAAAUAGAGCGUGGCGUCCGCCGGCAUUUCCACGAUGAUAUAACAGUCAUAGUUGUAUUUCUCGACUCGAAUCUUAUAAGCAGAGCCAGCACAGUGAAAGGACCUUACGCAUCUGUGAGAGGCGGCGGUGUUCACCUACCUACAAAAACCCUAGCUCCUUGCAACGACGGAAACUGAGUAUGCUCCUAAUUUAGCUGGCAUUUGAUAAUAUUUCUUGUGUACGAGAUCCUUGUCGUAAGUUUCGUGCAUCUAUCUAGUGUUAAAGACGAAAGAAAGAGAAGAUAAUGUGCUCGCCUUUUGAUUAAUUUUUUUCAAUGUAAAAUGUAACAUUUUAACUUGAGACAUAUAUUUUCUUUAGUUUCUGCUUCCCAUCUUCACUUGGGGCGUUUACUUUCUGUAAAUUAUGUGAAACAGAUGCCCUUUAGAAUCAAAGUUUUAUGUGCC